AUGAAAGCCAUUCUUGGCUCUCAAGGUGUUUGGGACAUUGUAGACAAAGGGUAUACAAAGCUCGCUAAUGAGGAAACUUUGCCCUCAAAUGAAAAGGAGGUCUUGUUGAAGACAAGAAAGAAAGAUCAACAUGCCCUCAAUCUUAUCCAUCAAUGUUUGGAUGAUGACAUGUUUGAGAAGGUGGUUGAUGCAACCACCUCAAAAGAAGAUUGGGAGAUUUUACAAAAUUCUCUUCAAAGAGUUGAUAAAGUAAAGAAGAUAAAACUUCAAACUCUAAGGGGUAGCUUUGAAGUUUUAAAAAUGAACAAAUCUAAAUCGAUUUUGGAUUUCUGUUCAAGAUUUAUGGUUGUGGUAAAUCAACUAAAAAGAUAUAGGGAGAAAGUAGAUGAUGUGCGUGCGGUAGAAGAGAUCCUUCAUUCUUUAACACCUAAAUUUGAUUAUGUGGUAUGUUCUAUUGAGGAGUCUAAAGAUUUAGACUCUAUGAUGGUAGAACAAUUGGAAGGUUCUUUACUCGCCCACGAAGAGAAAAUGAAAAGGAGAAAAGAAGAGCCACUAGAGCAACUUCUUAAAACCCAUGCAUCCUUCAAAGGAUUUAAAGGUGAGAAAAGCUACAAAGGAAAUGGACAAUGA